CAUGCUUCUACUCUUUCUCUCACUAGAUUCUCUUUCUACUCUCUAAACUCAACUCCCUCUGCUUUAAUUUUAAGAUAAUCGAGACGGCCCCUGUUCACCUCUUGUCUCUAUAGCCUUGCCAUUUGUACUACUCACAUUCUCCUUCUGCAUUCCCAGAUUGCCGCCCUCUUCUUACCUCAUCUCUAGUUCAGUGCAGGAGGAUUGAUCCGUUAAUUAGUGGAAGCGGUGAGAUUUGGAGCGUUGAAUUGCGAUGGAAGCUACACAGAGAAGAGGAGGCGGUGGCGGAGGAGGAGGAAUGGUGCCGAUUUCCCCAUCGCAGACGCCGCGCUCGAGUGAUAAGGCGGGGAGAGAUCUGCGAUCCGGGGAGGGGAGCUUCAAUGGGAAGCAAGACAAGGAGAAAGGUGUCAAUGUGCAGGUCAUUGUUCGAUGCAGGCCGUUGAGCGAGGAUGAGGCGAGAAUACAUACGCCUGUGGUGAUUUCUUGCAAUGAUAACAAAAGAGAAGUCUGUGCUGUUCAGACUAUUGCUAAUAAGCAGAUAGAUAGGACUUUCCUUUUUGACAAGGUCUUUGGGCCAUCAUCCCAGCAAAAGGAUUUAUUUGAACAAGCAGUCUGCCCUAUUGUGUUUGAGGUGCUAGAGGGGUAUAACUGCACCAUCUUUGCCUAUGGGCAAACGGGAACUGGGAAGACGUAUACGAUGGAGGGUGGAUCAAGGAAAAAGAAUGGUGAAUAUCCAAGUGACGCAGGAGUUAUUCCAAGAGCUGUUCGGCAAAUUUUUGACAUUUUAGAGGCUCAGCAUGCUGAGUAUAGCAUGAAAGUCACAUUCUUAGAACUAUAUAACGAGGAAAUAUCAGAUCUUUUAGCACCAGAAGAAACUUCAAAAUUUCCCGAGGACAAAUCAAAGAAACCUAUUGCGCUUAUGGAGGAUGGAAAAGGUGGAGUUUUUGUUCGGGGACUGGAAGAAGAGAUUGUGACUACUGCGAAUGAGAUUUAUAAGAUCUUAGAGAAAGGUUCUGCUAAAAGGAAGACAGCGGAGACUCUUCUUAACAAACAGAGCAGUCGCUCUCACUCUAUCUUUUCUAUCACUAUUCACAUCAAGGAGUGUACCCCAGAAGGAGAGGAAAUGAUCAAAUGUGGGAAGCUGAAUCUCGUUGACCUUGCUGGUUCAGAGAAUAUUUCACGCUCUGGCGCUAGAGAGGGCAGAGCAAGGGAAGCUGGUGAGAUUAACAAGAGCUUGUUGACACUUGGUCGAGUUAUAAAUGCUUUGGUUGAGCAUUCUGGUCAUGUGCCAUACAGGGAUAGCAAGUUAACAAGGUUGCUGAGAGAUUCUCUGGGAGGAAAAACGAAAACAUGUAUAAUUGCCACGGUAUCCCCUUCCAUACUUUGUUUGGAAGAGACACUCAGCACACUAGACUAUGCACACCGAGCCAAAAACAUAAAGAACAAACCUGAGAUCAACCAGAAGAUGAUGAAAUCUGCUGUGAUCAAGGAUUUAUAUUUUGAAAUUGAUCGACUCAAGCAAGAGGUGUAUGCUGCAAGAGAGAAGAAUGGAAUAUACAUACCAAGAGAUCGUUAUCUCCAAGAGGAGGCAGAGAAAAAGGCCAUGUCAGAAAGGAUAGAGCGUAUGGAACUUGAUCUAGAUUCCAGGGACAAGCAACUAGCAGAACUCCAGGAUUUGUACAACUCUCAGCAGCAGUCGACUGCUGAACUGAGUGAUAAGCUUGAAAAGACUGAGAAAAGGCUUAAGGAAACUGAGCAUGUGUUGCUUGAUCUUGAAGAAAGGCAUAUGCAGGCAAAUGCAACAAUAAAAGAAAAGGAGUUUUUGAUUUCCAAUCUUCUGAAAUCUGAGAAAGCACUCAUAGAGCGGGCACUAGAGCUUCGGUCAGAACUGGAGGAUGCUGCAUCAGAUAUCACUAAUCUGUUCACCAAGAUUGAACGCAAGGACAAAAUUGAAGAUGACAACAGAACUCUUAUACAGAGGUUCCAGUCCCAAUUGACUGAGGAGCUAGGUGUCUUGCACAAAGCUGUGGCAUCAUCGACCACACAGCAAGAACAACAGCUAAAAGAGAUGGAAGAAGACAUGCAUUCAUUUGUAUCUACAAAAACUGAGGCUACUGAAGAGCUUCGAGGUCAUCUAGAGAAACUUAAAACCAUGUAUGGAUCUGGGAUCAAGGCUUUAGAUGAUUUAGCUGGAGAACUUAAUUCUAACUCCGAAUCAACUUUUGGGCAACUGAACUCUGAAGUCUCUAAACACUCCUCGGCCUUUGAAGAGCUUUUCAAGGGAAUAACUUCCGAGGCUGACGCUUUACUUCAUGAUCUUCAAGAUAGUCUGCAGAGUCAGGAGAAAAAGCUAACUGCUUAUGCUGAACAACAGCGAGAGGCUCAUAGCAGAGCUGUCGAAACUACAAGAUCAAUUUCUCAGAUUACUGUAAACUUCUUUAGGACAUUAGACGGGCAUGCUUCAAUGCUGGGACAAAUAUUCAAAGAGGCACAGACAAAUAAUGACCAGAAAUUAUCUGAACUUGAAAAGAAGUUUGAGGAGUGUGCUGCCCAUGAAGAAAAACAACUACUAGCAAAAGUGGCUGAGCUGCUUGCUGGUUCAAAUGCUCGGAAAAAGAAACUGGUCAAAUGUGCGAUUGUUGAACUUCGAGAGAGCGCUGCCAGCAGAACCAGUAAAUUACAGCAAGAGAUGUCAACUAUGCAAGAAACUACCAGCUCUAUCAAAGCUGAAUGGACAAGUUACACACAAAGUGCAGAAUCUCAUUAUCUUGAGGAUACUGCUUCAGUCCAAAUCGGGAAAGGAGAUAUGGAAGAGGUCCUUCAUAAAUGCAUGGAACAAGCCAAAUUGGGUGCACAACAAUGGAAAAGUGCUCAAGAGUCCCUGCUUCAUCUUGAGAAGACCAAUGUUGCUUCAGUAGAUGAAAUAGUUAGAGGAGGGAUGGAUACUAUUGACAUCUUAAGGGGACGUUUCUCUUCUGCUGUGAGUUCUGCAUUGGAAGACACAGAUACUGGAAGCAAGAAUCUUCUCUCCUCCAUUGACCGUUCGUUACAACUUGACCACGAGGCAUGUGGCAAUCUUGAUUCCAUGAUUGUUCCUUGUUGUGGAGACUUGAGGGAUUUGAACAGUGGACAUUAUCACAAGAUUGUCGAAAUUACAGAAACUGCUGGGAAAUGCCUCCUAGAAGAGUACACGGUUGAUCAACCAUCAUGUUCGACACCAAAGAAAAGACCAAUCAACCCGUCAAGCGUCGCCUCCAUCGAGGAACUGAGAACUCCAUCGUUCGAGGAACUGCUAAGUGUGUUUUGGGAUGCAAAAUCAUCAAAGCUAGCAAAUGGUGAUGCGAAGCAUAUUUUAGAAGCUGCCGUAGCCAUGAGAGACUCCCGACUUCCCCUCACUGCCCUCAAUUAAGGGAGUUGAUUGCUGCUUGAAAAGUAUAUGCAUAUAUAGUCAAGGCCCGGUGGCUUAUCCAUGAGGCCCCAAAUAUAUGUUCAACCUCUUCAUGAACUACACAUAUAGUAUAAUUCUACUAUAUAUACAUAUAUGAGUGUGUAUAUAUAAAUUCUUUUUGUAAAAUUGCCCUAUGAAAUCAGUUUAUAAUGAUGAUACUCGUUUUAUCU